AUGCGAAUUUUCUUUGGUGAUGUCUCCACGGUUACUCGACGACAAGGAGGACAAAAACGGCGCUACAAGAACACUUUGAAUAACUCUCUGAAACGGCUGCAUAUCAACCCGGGACCUGGAUCAAUCUCGUCAAAAACAGACCAGAAUGGCGAAAAGAAGCGAAGACCGGCACAGCAAUUUAAGAAGCAACUCGGAUCGCCUGCACCAAAACCAAACUGGGACUCACAAGUCACAAGUGCCUCGCCUUCUCCAUGCCAACCUUCAACAGCUUCCAACACGUCUGCCCUGUCAAUGCGCAUUCCGCUCGAGAACUGUCUCGUGGGCCAUUUUUGGACUCAGUGUGUCAACCGCCCGACAACGUCUACGUCACCUCACACUCUCGCCCCUGCCGCAAUCCCCGCGUCUACCACCACACCCGUCACCGACUAUUACACUGUCGCUGCUCCGUCGACGCCAAUUACUGACAUCACCCGCCCUGCUCCACCCCUGCGUCGACUCCCACCACCACCACCACCACCACCACCACCACCACCACCACCACCACCACCACCACAACGACAUUACGCGCUCCUCCCACCUGUGAGGCGAAAUUCGACGUCCCAUCAUCUUAUACCAUAACCACCAACAACCGACGUCCAGCAAUUUGCACACAUCGGCCUGUGGGCGGUGCCUGGGAAACCCACAGACACUCACCGCAUCUGCCUUUACUGUCCACACUACCCCUGCACAUUUUCCCACCGCCAGGUGAGCAUUCAUGAAAACCGAUGGACCACCACCGGCCACACUACACCAUCAGACCUUCCCCACCUGCACCUGCGCCACGCAACAUCACUCAUUACCACACAGCGCGAGCACUCAAGUGCUACCCCCGCGUAAGCGGGAAAUGUGCUUCUCGACUCCUUCUGCAUGCGACUCGUCUGCUACAUGUGUGCUCCGAGUCUGAGAGCAUCACGCCUCGCCAAGAGUCGUGGCUUGGAAUAAAUGCUGACUGACGCUUCAACUCAGUCAACGCGGUCCGUCCAGUUAUGUGUUUGAGCGGAGUGGCGGACUGGUAGGUUGCUAAUCAGGCUGCCAUGGCUCCAUUUUAACUUGACUUCUGGCACUCUCACACAUGUAUGAAGUGUUUGCGCAUAUUAGCAGUACCUCUUACUCGGCGACUGAAUGGUUAUCCUGCCUCUGAAGGGUGUUGGACCAGGCUUAGUGCAGGGCUGUGCGUAUCCCUUCGGGGCCUACAGGUCUGCAAGCAUCUGCUAUGCCGGGAUCAGUCACCCAUGACUCUCGCAGCCUGGUUCGCGGUGGCAGUUCUAUGGCACCUGGUUCCCUACCUGUAGAUGCGCUUGCACUUUCGCUGGGUACACAGGUCGUGAGUAUGGUUGCCAAGUCAUCCCCGUCCUUCGGACCCAUUGUUGUGCUGUUGUUGGCAAAAAUCCUAGUCAAGUGUUUGUGGACCAGGGGUGUGAUUGUACACAUAGGUGCGGGUACGGCCGUGCCAGCCACCUGCACUCUCUCCCGCCUUCAGUCUUCCUGACUGUGUCCUGACACCCGGAUUUUGUAGGGGGGAGGAAGGGGUGCGCUAGCUGCUGCGCAUGUAUAUUCUCACUAUAAACUUGUUCAUGCGUCACUCACCGUACCCGCUUUCACCCACGGUGGGCAUCGUUGGUUGCGACAGUCGAACUGUUUUGUGAGGAAAGUCGGAAAUUGUUGUACGCUAUUAAGAAUACAUCAUAUAGGACUCAUAAAAUUUUACAAUGGAUGCAGACAAUAUUGCAUACUUCACAAGCAGCACUGAUAAACGGACAGAUAUGAUGCUAUAUAAGGGUAGAUUUCACGGUCUUGAAAAAUAUCAUCAUUAGAAACCUUUUAAAACCGAGAGAUGCAUUUUCUUCAAAGAUAAAAUCUAACGAUGCUUUACUUUGCUGUCAGCUGAGCACGCAAAAGAACACCUUUCUGCAAGUUCUCUAUCGUAUAUAGCGGUAGUUAUGAAGUCAUUGAAAAUCAGUGACAAUACACUCCUACUACGUAGUCUGUCACUUUUUACCCACUAUGGUUUGUUGCAGGCGGCUGAAAAGAAACCCAUUGCAAAGCCAACAUCCUAGCUUGGGCGAAAUAUCGUGUGACUAUGCUGCAUGGUAAUUAGUUCUACAACCCGACUCAGACAAUUCAUUCUAAUAGAAAACACAUAACAGGAUUUAGUAAAAUUGGGAAAUUAAAGUCGAAAAUUUACAAAUAAACUUGUUUAUCUUUCCCAAAGAACUUAUUUCUUUCGAAUUAUUAUUCUUGGGAUGCCUGUUUUCAAAUUCAUAGAUUUAUAUACACACACAAGAAUGCUGGCUCGCCAACAAUUACGACGGUCGCAAAGGGGUCAAAUGUGACACGAUCCCAACGGCGGUCAGUCGCAGAGAGGUCAACACUAAUCCGCGGCGAAUGGGCAGGUCAUAAUUCGUGCCUCGAGCACGGAUAUAAUACCUGGCAGGUAGCAAGACUGAAGCAAUCAAAGCCAGCAGGAACAGCCAACACAUUAAUCUGAUGAUGGGGACGAGAGGGUUUCCGAAACGUCAGUUCAAAUAUAAUUCGGUCAAUGAAUUCGCCCUCCCUUCAUCUUUGUCUUCUUCGGGGGAUGAUGGACGCGAUACCCAUUUUAAAAUGGCGUAAUAUUUGCAAACUGGGAAAGGUAUUCGCCGAAAUAAUUCAAGCGUAUGCAUUUUAAAGACCUUUCGACAUGUAAAAACGUUAGAUUAACUGGGCAUAGCACAUAUCAGUUCACAGUUAUUUGUGGAAUCUACGUGACGUCCACAUCCUUAUACCCUUUAAAAUCGAAAAAAUCUGAGUUUUCGAAAUAUGCAGAACGUGAAUCGCGUGGCCAACAGAAGGUUUCUAAACUCAACAAGGGGAGAUAGAUUCGCGCUAUUUCUUCAGUACAUCCACCAUCGCCUUCACCGCAAUUAUGAUAUGUACAGAACUAAAUUUUCACCCUAGAAGUGACCAAUGAUCUAGUCACGUUUACCAUUAGGAUUCUUUAACUUUUCUUCAAGCUGUCAUCGGAAUCAUAUGGAAAGCCUCUGAAUGAAAACCCUUAAUGGGGAAUUUGGAAAGUCCUGGCUAAAUCCUCACUUGCGCUCUUGACCCGAGUUUCACGGCUGUAUCACUUUGUACGUAGCCUCGCCUCCAGUUCGCCCUACGACCUUUACGACAAACAAGUUUAGGUUGUAAUUUUGUUCCAUAAUGUGAGCACCCAUGAAGGAUAAAGGGCUCCAAAUUUCCGCUUUCUUGGCGCUGUCGGUUUACAUGAGAAUGUAGACAGAAUUAGUGUUCGGCUACUAGUUAAUCUGCAUGUCUCAGUCUAUAAUUGCGACAAUAAGGAUGCCGAUCUCCAAGUUGUGAGUAGUGUGUGCGUUUACUUUGGUUAAACUCUCAAACUUUACAUCUAAAUGACAUUCAACAUCUUGCAUUACUAGAGCGUGUUGCCCAUAUUUGUGCGUUUUCUGGUAGUUUUUGCCAACAUGUGCUUGCGUGUCCCACUCGUGCAUUUACUUCGCGAAAAUCAUCGGGUCUGGUCUUCUGUCGGCGGCAUGUAUACAACCAGUAGCCGGGUGAGUCACGGGGACGCAUGGGUGUAUCAUUCUGUCCAAGACCGCGCAUUACCUGCCAGAACGUGUGCUUUUAGGGUUUGAACUGUUGCCUUGACGAUGGUGACAACUAUCAUUAGUGUAAAGGCAGUCAUGAGUGCCGUGAAAGGACGGGUGUCCAGUCAUACGUGCCCAGAGUGGGCGACGGUGCGUAGGAGAGAGGUGGGCGAAUCGCUGUCUGCGAACAACAUCUCCGUCCUCCACGAAUGCCCACGGGGACUGCUUAAUAAGUGACUUCAAUGUGAACAGAAAAUUCGGUUGGACCGUGUUAAGGUGACGACAGGAAAGGACGUUGAUACCUGCAUUCUCUCAACUUUACCAGGGCCAGACAUGCAGCUGUAAGUGACCUGGUAGGCCAGCAGUCGAGGAGAGAAAUACUCUGAGUUUCGUUGCCUGCAACGCGCAUAUAUGGAUAGUGUUUACUCCAGAACGUACAUGUUCCACUUAGACUGGCGAGCAGGAAUUAAUUCACAGUGCACAGCAUUAUAAUAAGCAGAAAGUUAUGAGGAGCAUGCGGAGAUGCAAUGAAUAGCUCAAACCGGCGGCUAUCAAUUAUAGAUUAUAUGAAGGUCUUCUGAUACAUGUGCAAACAUUCGCAAAUGAAACCUGAAAACUAUACUAUCUGUCUAAACUUACAUCGUUUUCACAAGAUAAUUGAGACCUUAGUCAACCGAUUACGGUCUCCUUCAUCAGUUUUCAGUUUACAUGAGUCCAAAUAAGCAUUUUUAAAACAAAGUCUUCCACUUCCUGUCUGUAUCGAAAUUCUGUCUAGAUGAUGGGCCCCGAAAACUGGAACUUCCCUAUAGUCGCCUAUAGACAGAUGCGCAGGACCCUGUGAUAUUCGAACCACGCUGCCACGAAGUAAAGCCUAUCUGAUAAAUCAGACACUAGAUUCUGGGGAAUAGUGUCUUCGGCACAAGAUUCGCGAUUCUGUUUAACCACCGCCGAAAUUAAAAAUAGUACAGUUUUAAGGCCGUAUAUUGGCCUGUAUUCCUGGCAUCUGACGACCAGACACUUACUGCCGACGGAUUCGGGAUGACGGCCGUCUAAUCACGUCUUUACAUUUGUAUUCGAAUACUAGACCUCAGUUAUUUCUAAUUCCUUUUCCCUUAAAGCUGUCUAACUUAAGUAGAUACGGUACGAAACAUGAUGUUGUCAAUUUUCAAGUUGUUUUGCACGUGCAUUCACUUCACUAGUACUUCAGACUCAUGGCGUUUAGGCGAAAAUUGUCCGCAAGUCAAGUCGCGACAUGUGAUUGGGACAAUUAGUACUAGGUAGUUUUUGUUUUUUAUUUGGGUAUUAGUUGACACCUGGGUGACAAGAAUAUGCGGGACGGAGUCAGCACAAACCAAUGCCUGAGGCCAGCACGUUAAAAAGCCUUUUUGAGGCAAGUAGAGGAGGUGAAAUCAAUUCUUUUAUUUAUUCGUGAUGAGCAUUCAUAUUGUAGUGGAAUCCAAAAUGUAGACGAUCUUGUUUAACAGGACACGUUGCGUGGCACAAAGGUUUAAACUCGGGUUAAACAUAAAAUGAGGGCAGACAGUAUAAAUAUUUUUACUUAUACUAUAAGCAUACUUGAAUUUAGCUCAGGGCACACGAUAGGCGACUAGAGAUUGAAUUAAUGAUUGCAUAUACGCCAGAAUGUGAUAAGCGAUGGGUCAAAAGUGGGAUGAAUUGGAGGAGACUGCGAGGUCAUCUGAUCGAAAUGAAAUAUACGCUAUUUGCCGUAAAGAUUUUGGGCACUGGACUGUGUAGCAGAGACUAAUUGUCGUGGAAUGGCACAGCCAACCGAGGAGAAUACGGCAUAUUGACUUCAGAAGCCAUAUACAAAGAGUACUUAAGAUGCCAAUUUAUUCUGAUUAAGUAACUGAGAAACAAGACUGCCGUAAAAAUACAACGAAAAAUGUGUGCGUCGAGAAAGCGCCGGGGUAGUAAAUAAGGAGAGAAAAACGCACAUCAACGAACGCGCACACUUUAUUUCAAAGCGUAUUUUAGAAAUGCAAUGACAGAGUCCAAAAGCCCCAAGGUUACAAGAAUACAAAAGAAUUAGGAAGAUAAGAAUUCAUUAGGAUAAUUUGAAAUGGAAGACGAAGACGCAAUUUUCUACCGACUGAGCAAAGGAAUGAAUAUUUUUAUGCAUGUUUUCCAUGAAAUAUAAUUGAAUUUUUAGGGGCAUCGAAAAUCAAUGAAAAAAUCGCAUGCUACAUAAGUGGUCAUUUUUUGCAGAGUAUAGUUCUUGCAUGCAGUCGAAAAGACGUUCGUUCGAAAAAGUACACUCUGACGUAACUGUGUUUUUGCAGAAUUAUUCUGCAUGAUGAUUAGUUUUACAACCCUAUUUAAUUAAUAUUUUUGAACCGGGAACGCAUUUCAAAAUUUUGGCUGACAUUUCAUGAGUUAACCCAUUUACUGUAUAUCUGAGCUUACCCUAAAAUGUCAUGUUCCGAUCACUUUAUUUUAAUUCCGGCCCUCAAUAAUUUACGAUAUUUCUAGUUUCAUACCAGCCAGGUCCGAAUAACGUGGAAUUGGAAUGGGGUGUUUUUUUACAGGGUAGUUAGCGGUCCGGCGCUUUGCUAUUGGGAAUUACGUUUACUUAUGGUUGAUUGAGGCGACUAAUAAGCCCAAGAAUGGCCAUCCCAGUAUCAGUUGUCUUUAUCGGUACCUACUUCUUCGCAUACAUCAAAUGACUACGCGGCUGCCCGCGGAGGCACAAAACUGAGCCCCAAGAUUCAGGUGACGAGCACGUCCCAAAACCCGAUCGGCGAGCACCCCUCCAGAGUGGGAAGAGAAAGCCGACAAAACACGGAAAACUGAGAUAAUAAUUGCCUGCUCAUUAAAAGUCGCCAGCCAGCUUUACAAUCCCUUAGCUUUUUAGCUUUAUAAAUUUGAACCGGAGGUCUUUGAUCAUUAAGAGUUUUUAGUCUAAUGCCCUACCACUGAGCCGGCCAGAUUUCAUGUCGAUUGCGAUUGGAAAUUUUAACGACUGUGGAAAUGACGUUCAGCGAUCUGGUAAAGGAAAUUCUUGUACUGUUGCGUCUUAGGAUUCAAUCUAAUGCCUCAACAGGCAAUUGCAUAGCAAUGACCAACUUGUGUAGGGAGUAUCGGUAAAGACAUGGAAAUAUGGGGCAGUCAUUUCUGGCUUCUUAGUCGACAGUGACCAACUGUAAUAAGUCCCAGAUCUGGGGCGACUUGAACAUAGAUAGCUCAAGAUGGAUAGUAAGCCAAAAAUGUUCAUUCCAUUCUGCCUGGUUUUUAUUGAUACCCCAAUCUCAGCAUAUAUAUAUACAUAUAUUUAUAUAUAAUAUUUAUCUGCAUAUAUAUAUAUAUAAUGGUAGCGGGCGCCCACCGAUUGUUCUUAUGGAACUCACUCAUUCCGCUGUGCCUUAUAGACUCUUUCUCGAGCCCAACCAGCAGCCGCACAGCGGCGCAUGAUAUAGGCAGAAUGAUGUUACCGACAAAGACAAGGAAGACUGGAAUGGCCAUUUCUGGCUUAUCAGCCGUCGUCAGCCAGUCAUACCCAACCCCGAAGUGUGGCACACCCAAGACUCGAACUCGUGAUCUGUUUGUUAGAAGUCCACGCCUCCAACCACUCAGCCACGAGCCCGUUGCCCUGUCGGUUUUCAAUCGGGAAUAUACAAUGGUAGGGGGCGGUGAGCGGCAAAGAGAACAAUAAGCGGAUGGUUUUGGGGAACUCGUCGUCAGCAGACCGAGGUCCUUUGGGCUUCGACGUCUCGUAAUAUUGCACAGUCCAGAAAGUAGUCCUUUGUACUGGCGGAUCUAAAUGUGUUGCCUAGGCAAAGUAUGCUACAUUUACCAACGUUGAACCGUAGGAGCCGCCUGUCUGAACACUCUUCUAGGUUCCUCUGCUGCCUAUCUUCGUCGGCAGAGUCCCGAAUUUCACUUGCUAAGAGUUCAGAGACGUGUUUCGCCGCUAUCCUGCUGCUGCGUGACAUAGCUGCGAAAGGUUCGGCUCCUCAAUGGGUCCUCUAGUGUUCUCCGUGUGGUUUCCGGUUUAUGAAAUCCAAAUGAAUUAUCCCCAUCACCCUUUUCUGAAACGUCUCGUCGCCAGGUUUAUGGGUCAUGCGCAAAGACGGUUAGCUAUUUAACGGCAUAGAAAAAAUGAUUUUGCGGUUGACCGAAGUCUGUGUCAACAUGCGUAAACCGUAUUUUAUCAUCCCCUCGACAUUGGCUGCCCUCGCUUUCAUCUGUUCUUGAGAAGUGUGUACUUAAAAUCUACAUCAAUGUGCCGACUAAUGCAUACCUCAUCUGAGUUCAUUGCUUCCUCACUGGCCGGCAUCCCAUGAUUUGUAACUUGAAGUUAACUACGUUGUUUAAAAACACCAGGAAGCCCUCUAAUGUACAUUUUUGACACUGGUUUCCCAGGUUGUUGUCAGAUGUUGAGUAAAUGUGCUUAAAGCAGUUACCAUUUAAAACCUACAAAAAUGGAUACUUCUUUGGCGUUUGCGCCAGAAAUCCGCCGCUGUGUCUAGAAACCAACAGUUCUUUCGCCGGACAAUGUUACUGUCUACUAAAAUAUGCCCCUAUGAGUUCGCCUAUAUCUGGCAUCCUACCGGAAUAUAAAAUGCAGAAACUGGAAUCUACAGCACUUCCUAAAGUUAACUCGAAAUUUGUCUGUGCCAUGCUAGUGACAUAUUUGUCAUUGUCAUGUAAAGCCAGUUUAAUCUGCUCUACAUGAGACUGAACUCAGUUUUUCCAGGAAUCGUAAUUACUUUUGAAACGGAGGUCGAUGCGCAUCUCCCAUUUCUGGUUGAUCCGUUACGUCGAAAAACUGAUUGAUCACUUUACACCUUAGUUUAUCGUAAAGAAACAGUUCAAGGAAUCAUCCAAAUUUUGAGAAAAGCUAUCCCAUCUCUCAGAAAAGAAGUCCUGUCCACAGCCUGUCAAAUCGAGCUGAAGCAUUGAUCUGGUGAAGGAAGUUAUCCAGAUAUCUUGGCCAACACCAACCUCGAGUGAUGACGACAUGCCUCCUCAAAUCCCUAAUCACAGUGAUGGGUACUCCGAGUACUCAAUCAAUGAACAUCACUUAAAGACUCUCUUACCACCCUCCCCUAGCCGCGAAGAUCAAAACCCGCCGACCUCCUCAUGCGGGCGUCGUGGAGAUGAAGAGUAUUAAUGACUUAAUAGCCCUUGAUUCACCUAAAAGCACUGUUAAUUUUGCAUAUUUUCAUUCCUCCCUGUAACUAUGAUGCUCUGACGAAGAAUGAUCGAGUACACGUGUUUGCCAACUUGACUUUUCAAGAAAUAAAUACCUCUUCAAAUUAUUUUUCCAUAAGGGGUAUUUGAAUGACUUUGUGCGUCAGUGCACUAAGUCGCAUGAUUUCAAACAUAAAAGGUAUUACAAAUGCUAAAGCCAUUCAGGAAUCGAAAGCAUUCACCUGGAGGAUUCUCCCAUACGCGUAAGACGAACCUAAGUUCGUCGGAAGACAACUGAAAAAAACAUCAGAUACAAGUGGUACGCUAACCCGCAACUGCAAGCUCGCACACCCUAAAGAAGGCGACUGGCUGCCCUGGUGGAAAAGGUUUGUCCCAAGAUACCAUGUGUCAGUUCUAAUGUCACCCACUGUGGCCAAACUGGGAAAAUCUGCCUCAACCCGCAAUCAUGAACAUCGGUAAGCAGUGAGAAGACGAGAUCAGCUAUCCUAGGUGGCCAUGCACACACUAAAUGCUGGGCACAAAUUUGCGUGACAGAACAUUCCCGUUGAUGACGCCUGUCCAAUAAGGAAAAGCCGCAAAUUCCUGGAAACAAUUCACUCAGAUGAGGCAUGCAUCAAUUGGCAUAUCAAGGUCACGUACAAGCUUCUCAAGAAGAGAGGGAAGUGAGGAUAGUCAAUGACGAGGGGAUGACGAAGUACGGCUGACGCGCAUUGAAGCAGACUUCGAUAAACCGCAGAAUCACUUGUUCUCCACCGCUAACUGUUUUUGCGCAUGACCAAAAACCUGACGACGAGCCGGAAAACAGCCUCAAGAAUUAACACAACAAAGGUUAUUUUUUGUCAAAGAAUCAUAUCUAUUUCAUAUGCAUAUAGAUAGGCAAACGGUCACAAACCCGGGUUAACGAACACGUGCGGGCAGUGAGAAGAAUAGACCCAUUGUCUCUGGUGGCGGAACACUGCGUGGACUCUGACCACACUUUCGCCUUCCAGAACGCCAAAAUUCUGGGUCGGGGUAAUGACCGCGUGGUCAGAGAAAAAAUAGAAGCCUGGCACACGGAGACUACCUCAAUAAACCGCCGUGCCGCCCUUCCGACAGCCUGCCAAGCCCUCUGGACGCAGUCCAGCGAACGAAAGAGCAAGCGCGAAGUCAGACCAGACGUGAAUCCAAACACGGAAGAACCUACGACGGACCUACACAUAACCAAACCGCAAAUCGGGCCCGACGGAGGCGCAGUCAUCGAUACGGCCACCUCAACCACUCCUCCGGUAGACGGGGAGAAACGCGGUCAGAGGGAUGCAGUCAAGACUAACAACCCAAGAUGA